UACAAUCAAUACAAGGGUGAGCUCCAAUCACUUGCCCAGAAGAUUGGUGAACUUGAGUCAGAAGUAGAAGAACACAAGCUCGUGAUCGAUAGCAUCUCUCCUCUUGAACCUGGUCGCAAGUGUUUCCGUAUGGUUGGUGGUGUAUUGGUCGAGCGAACGGUUAAGGAAGUUCUCCCUGCUUUGGAGACCAACUACAAUGGUAUCCAGCAGGUCAUUCAAUCAUUAUUGCAAUCCUACAAGCGUAAAGAGCAGGAGUUUGUCGAAUUCCAAAAGAAACACAGCAUUCAAGUCGUUGCCAGACAGUAA